AUUCAAAUUCCCCCCACGCUCACACCCCCACUUCACUUCUUCCUCAAAUUAUUCAAACAUAUCUCAUGGCUCCUCCUCCUUCAUUUUCAUCUCUCUUACUCUUCCUAUCUCUUCUCUCUGUUUCCUCUGUCUUUUGUAGUAACUUUUACAAUGACUUUGAAAUCACUUGGGGUAAUGACCGUGCCAAAAUUCUCAAUAAUGGUGACCUUCUUACUCUUUCUUUAGACCGAGGCUCUGGCUCUGGCUUUCAGUCUAAGAAUGUUUACCUUUAUGGUAAAAUUGAUAUGCAACUUAAACUUGUCCCUGGAAACUCUGCUGGCACUGUCACUACUUAUUAUCUUAAAUCCCAAGGCUCGACGUGGGAUGAAAUAGACUUUGAAUUCUUGGGAAAUCUCAGCGGUGAUCCUUAUACUCUUCAUACUAAUGUUUACACCCAAGGCAAAGGCGACAGAGAACAACAAUUUCACCUUUGGUUUGAUCCUACCUCUGAUUUCCACACCUAUUCAAUCCUCUGGAAUCCCCAAGGGAUCAUAUUCUCGGUAGAUGGAACACCGAUCAGAGAGUUCAAGAACCACGAAUCCUCGGGCGUUCUGUUUCCAAAAAACCAACCGAUGAGACUGUACUCGAGUCUAUGGAACGCGGACGACUGGGCGACAAGAGGAGGGCUAGUGAAGACAGAUUGGUCAAAAGCUCCAUUCACAGCGUCGUACAGAAACUUCAACGCCGACGUUUGUGUGUGGUCGGGGGGAGUGUCGUCGUGUUCCUCAGGAGGGAAUGUGGGGGGAAGAGGAUGGCUGUCGGAAAAUCUGGACAUUACUCGACAACAAAGGAUGAAGUGGGUUCAGAGGAAUUACAUGAUUUACAAUUAUUGUACCGACGCCAAGAGAUUCCCUCAAGGCUACCCUCCGGAGUGUGCAAUUGCCCCUUGAAUUUGGUCAUGCCCCCACAUUCUCCAUUUGCCUUUCUUUCCUUUGCUUUGCUUGCCGUACAAAAUUUGGAUGGAUAGAUCAUCUUUUAAUCAAUUAAUUAAAUUAAAUUAAAUUACUAAUAAAAUUAAUCAUAUAGUAUUGUUGUAUUAUUGUAUAUAACAAUAUGUAUAUCUGGUUUUGCAUGGCUAUAUUGUCUACGUGGUUCUGUUUUUCUUUCACUCCUAUAUUUGGGGAAAAAAAUUAAUAAAAAAUAAUAGUGAGAUGCCCUUUUCAUCCC